UAGUAUGAGUUUCUGGACAUGUAAAAAACAUUUUAUCUUUCUAGAGAGAUUGUCUUUAUAGGAUUAAAGCUGCCGAAUUUCUUAUAAUGAUGAAAACAACAUGUAACCUUCAAUGUUAGUGUGGUAUGGCUCUGGAGCGAAUGAAAUGUGGCACCUGUCACAACAUAAGUUAGUUUCAAGUUUUAAUUGGCUUGAAGCUAUUUAGUGCACAGCUUAGAUUAAAAGAAGACAUGAAAAUUCUUAACACCCAGGGCUGGAAAUGUAUGUUCAUGUUUCAGUGUUCUUGAUAGAAUUCUUUUAACUUAAUUUGUUUUUUUAUGAUAUCUUAUUUAAAUAUUCUAUGCCUGUUCAGACCUAUCAUUCUCAUGAUGUGAUGGAAGGACAUUUGUUAUCCAAAGUGAUCAACAUAAAACUGACAUAAUUAGUUUACCUUCUAAAAUGAAUUUUCUCUGCAGGGAAAGGGGCGUAUAAAUCGUGGAAACUAUCCAAGUCCAUCCUCUCCUGUUAUAGUCCGAUUGCCUUCCAUGUCUGAUGUCCCUGAAGAGACCAUGACUAGUGAAACAGCCAUGGAGACUGACAUCACAGAACAGCAGCAAGCAGCAAUGCAGCAGGAGGAAAAAGUGCUGACUGAGCAAAUUGAGAAUUUACAGAAAGAGAAGGAAGAACUAACUUUUGAGAUGCUCGUAUUGGAACCUCGUGCCUCUGAUGACGAAACCCUUGAGUCUGAGGCUUCUAUUGGGACUGCUGAUAGCUCAGAAAAUUUGAACAUGGAUUCUGAAGAGAGAAGCUUAGCCCUUAGCUCCCUGAGAGCAGCUGCCAAGUCUGAGCCUUCAAGCAAGUUGCGAAAACAGCUAAGAAAGCAGCCAGACUCUGUGGACUCAGUCAACUCCUGCGUCUCUUCCUGUUUAUCUAACACUACAUCAUCUCAUGGCACUAGAAAGCGAUUUCAGAUUUAUUCCAAGUCUCCAUUUUACCGAGCUGCCUCAGCUUGUGAGGCCCUGGGUACGGAAGGACCACUAGGCCAAGCCAAAUCCCUGGAAGACAGGCCUCAGUUCAUCAGCAGAGGAACCUUCAACCCUGAAAAGGGCAAACAAAAACUAAAGAAUGUGAAAAAUUCACCUCAGAAAACCAAAGAGACCCCAGAGGGGACAGUCGCAUCUGGCCGAAAGAAAACUGUGGACCCAGACUGCAGCUCAGCACAGCAGCUACCACCUUUUGGAAAUAAUGAGUUUAUGGUCUGAAUGACAAAUGUGUCCCUAUGUGGCUAGAGUGGUAAACACAUCUCAUCUCUGGGGCCUCUUCUGGUCACUUUGUCCAUAACAGUCCUAAUGGUCCUGCCUCUUGUUCCAGCACUUUGUGUGCUGGAUCGCUGGGCUUCCUGCAGAAGUGGCCUCUUUGAAGGUUGCUAGGGAUGGGCCAGCUGUGCCUUGGCUGCUGUCUUUGAUUUGAGAUUCCACUAAACAAAGCCACCUAGGACCUGGGGAUUUUGGUCAGCAGUUGUUGCCUCUCCUGCAGUACUCUUCCCUUCCCAACAGAUACUUGUUGAACUAGGAGGCUAUUGUGAUCCUGAGGAAUACUCUCAUUUCUAGCUUUUGAAGAAAAUAUACAAAACUCUCUUAACCAUGAAAGCAAAAGCUUUUGAGUUUGUAUUGGGAUAGUUAGGAGCUGUGGUAGAAUAUAUUUUCCCCCAAGGAUUUAUAAGAAGAAAGUCCAAGCCCUCUAUUUUAAGUUUAAUUUAAAAAUACUCCAUGUUAUAUUUUGGAAACAUAAACUAUGAUUUCCAUUAAGCCAUCAGAGCAUGUCUCAGUUAUCUGGUCAUACAGUGAAGAGACCAUGCUUUGUGUUUUGUUGAUAUCAUAGUAAUCAGUACUGGUUUAACUCCUGGCUAGUUCCUGCCAGCUAUGUUGCAUGGGAUAAAGUUCUGGUAGCCAUACUGUCAUGAUAGACCUGAUUAUCAGGUCAGAGUCCUCUAGUCUUUUGUUUGGUUUCUAUGUCACAGACACAUUUAGGUAACCCCUAAAUGUGAAGGCUUCAUCCUGAUUGAUCCAGGCUUUUUUGUUGUUGUAUAGACUAAACUGAAGACUGUAUCCGAGCCUAUUCACUUGCUGGUGGAAUACCACCAUAGACUCAGACAAAUAAUGUGACCAUGUAAUCAUUUUUCUACAAGUACUCACAACAUUGCAUGAGUGUUAUAGAAAUCUGCCAAAAGAAAUUUAGAAAGUUUUAAUAUGAUCUAUUUAACUUUCAUCUUCUUUUUUUUCUCAGACCAUCAGUAUUAGAUGAAAAAAAUCAAGGACUACUUGAAGCUAUUUUUGUUAAUAUACUUGUUCCUGAAGUUUACUGUAAAUACACAUGUAUAGUAUGCCUAGUUCUUUUUAACUUUGUGCUUCCCCCUUUUUCCCAUGGAGUUUCUUCCUACAGAUGAGAGGCCAUUGGACAGGUGGUGAGAACCACUCACCUCUGGGUUGAGAGAAAAGUAAGGGCAUCUUCUUCAUCACUGGUGGUCUCUAUGUUAUAAUUUCUGAAACAUCAUGUACUAGCAUUUGUGGGAGUAGAAAUCUUUUUUGCUAUUUAUAAUGUAUGUGAAAUGAAACAUGAUGCCCUUUCUUAAGUAUGUGAAAAUGUUUAUUUUUAAAGUAACUAAAUACAUUUUGUCUUAACUACCAUAUGCACUGUUACAAAAAGAGCCUUUACCACCUAUAACCUGAAUUUCGGUUUUCUUCAUUUUCUUUGGUUUGAAGUCAUAAGAAUAAUAAGUCUUUUGUUAAGGCAGGGUCUCUCCUCUUGCACAACACUGAACCUCAUGCCCCUGCUUCAGUGGUCAUUGGCCAGCUCUAGAGAUGAGACUUGUAGCAUCAUUCUGCACAGCAACUCAUGGUAGCAGGUGUCUUCCCUCUCCCUGUAUAUAGUUCAUCAUCGAAACACAUGAAGGAAGCUUUGAAACUCUCCCCAAUGAUGGUGGUCAACCAGUAAAUGUUAAGUUUUAUAUCCCACAAACAUUAACAACAAGAAUGUUGGCUAUUGUCCUAAAGGAACCCAGCAUGACUGUGUCAAGGUGGGGUAACUAUUUUGGGCCUUACACAGUCUAUUUUAGCACUGGGGAGAGCAGCUACUGCUGGGUGUUAACUGUUGCUCUCCACUUUGGUCAAAAUGUUACUUAAAUUUUUUUUUUAAGCUGUUGAACAGUUUUCCCUUGUUUCAGAGGAAUGGUCUGGGGAAACUUAACACUUGACAUACAUUCUCCCACCUAAAUUUUCAGUUUUUUGUUUGUCUUGUUUUUCUAUAAGGUAAAUUUGGGGCUGAGAAAAAACUGUCUACAUAGGUCACUUUGUAGGAACUAGGUAAUCGAUAUUAAAAGACUUUAUAAUUUUUCUCAGGGACCUAAAUCCUGAAUUUGAAUAAAGUUAAAUAAAAACUUUUUUUUCAGUUGCUAGAUUUGUAAAUUUCCAAUCAUUUAACAAGCUGCCAGGAUGCGCUGGGGGAAAUCCACACAAUCAUAAGAAUGUCUCAGCAAGUAUAGGCCUUCUCUGAGGAAAAGAAUGCUAUUGUUCUUGCUGGUCAGCAGGCACUAUUGGUCUGAUAGAGAUGAAGCCAUAACUCAAUACUGUCAGAACCAAAUGUUCUACUCCCGUCAGUUCUUAUCAGGGUCUCUGCAUCACCACAAAGUGACAAUGUAUUGCAGUCACUCAUGAUACAGUCUGCAUCAGGUUCACAGUUCUCUGUUGCUUUCUGCCUUGCUGCUUUUCUUCACUCAGAAUGCAUCAAAAGAAUCUCUAUGGCAGCAGCAGAGUGGCUUACAUGUGGAGCCCGUGUUCCCAACUUCAGAGCAUUCUAGUCACGUCUAGCCCUCAAUAACAUCUAUAUUUUCUUUUCUACCCACUCAUUAAUAUAUGUUUGUAGCUGUGUAUCAUAGAAAAUGUAGCAGAAACAAAUUCAUUCUGCAUUACAGAUUGAAGAUACUACAGCAAAUGCAGGCAGAAUUCAGGGAGGCAACAUGCUUAGUUUGCACAUAGUUUGUACUUCCUGCCAUUUAGAUAUAUAUGGCCACGCUGGGCUAUUGAAACAUAAAGGGAGAUAUGACCCUCUUUUCUCUGAGUAUUGCUAGGAGGGACAAAAAGAUGUGAGUUCAGGGCACAGGUCACUAGGGCCAACUCUCAGGCUUUGGAAAUCUGCUGUGACUCUUAACCUUGCAUAGGAUGUGAAGAUAUUAUGUGUUGUACAGUCAAAGAUAGGGCCAGAGCAGUAUGCUGACAUGUGAUCCGUGGAGGUUGUAUUGUCCCAUCUCUGCCUGUGAGCUCUGUGUUUUCAUCUGUAACUGAUAAGCUAGAGAGAAGAAAGGAUUCUCAGGAGGUGUGUGAAGCUGAGAGAGUUGUAACUAUAGAAAGAAGUUGUCCAGCUGGUUUUCUCGCCCACUCUUAAGUCUUGGUGGGGAAUGGACCUGCAUUCUUCUGUAUUGAAUGGUGUGUUAUAUGCACCCACACACUUGUGAUAACUUCCCAGCACUGUGUCCCAACACCAUGCUGGCCUUAGUAGUAAAAUUUUUAGUCAUUUGUAGGAGACCCAACUUUCUAUGUCCUUAGACCAUGUUUCUCUGGAACAUUCCCAUACUUGAUUUGGUAUUGACUGGGUAAUCUCCAGUGUAUUAGAUCUUAUUAAUCUCUUGGUUUAAACUUCAAAAAAGCUCUACCAAUGGGCCUGUUGCCUUGUACCCAUCCAUUCUUAAUGCCUCUUUAUCAGCCCUCUUAGGUCAUAUAAGAGUUGCACCUCUUGAAUAAAGUAUUUGUAUUUGCUAUGGGAAAGGUGUGGACUACAGAUUAGUAUUAUAUUAUUUUAAUGAAUUUAAAAUAAUUUAUAAGUAUGGUGAGUGUAAAUUUUUAAAAUACUGUAUAUUAUAAAAGGACAUAUCCUGUGAAAUAUGCCACUUUACUGUUUAACAAUUCUAUUAGAAUGAUUUAUCUCAUUCACAGAACUGAUUACAUUCCUGAUGCAAUCAGCAGCACUUUGUAGUUUUUCUUUCUUUUUUUUUUGUUUUUUUUUUUGUUUUUUUUGUUUUUUUUUUGGAGGGGGCAAGACAUUUGUAUGAAGUGCAGUAUGCGUCACUCAGAAUAUGCACUGUAUGGCCACACAAAAGCAGCUUGCUGAACAAAUCACUCCAUGGCUCAUUAAAGAACAAAG